GGGGGGGUUUAGUACCGCACUGUGUUUCUGAGUCCAAGUGCGGAAGGAACGGUGGGAGAGGAUAUAGACGCAUUACUGCAGCAGCCCACAGAGGCGUACGCGCGGCACUUCCACACACACGCACACAGGAAAACAUUCACGAUUUGGGAGAUUUGCAGGGUAAAGUGAGCUAAUCUGCAUCCUUUCAGGAGGAGCUGGAUGCUGGGACUGAUAGCAUCUUCAUUUCCUCUUCAUCUUUUCACUACUUAUUCUUUUUGUGGCCUCAUUGCGACACUUUUGAGCCGCUCCACUGCGUCACUUUUCGGAACUCUUCACAGCUUCACGUCCCUUUAAAAAUCAUUUGUGAUUCUUUGGUUUUUGUUUUGCUUCGCUUCAGUGUUGGAAUUCAGAACGCCGCCACCUCUGCUGAGUCAGCACGAACAGCUGCAUAGACGAUGUCCGCCCCAGAUGCUGCCGCCCCAGGUGGAGCCCCCGGUGCUCCAGGAGCCCCCGGUGCAGAUGGAGCGCCUGCCGGCCCACCCGCCGGACCACCCAACACCUCAAGCAACCGCAGGCUACAGCAGACGCAAGCCCAAGUGGAGGAGGUGGUGGACAUCAUGAGGGUAAACGUGGACAAGGUUCUGGAAAGGGACCAGAAGCUCUCGGAGCUGGAUGACAGAGCAGAUGCGCUCCAAGCCGGGGCGUCGCAGUUUGAAAGCUGCGCAGCCAAGCUCAAGAACAAGUACUGGUGGAAAAACUGCAAGAUGAUGAUUAUGAUGGGAAUCAUUGGAGUCAUUGUAGUGGGGAUAAUAUUCUUGUACUUCUUCUACUAAGCGCCGCCCACCACUAAAGGUGGAUAUGGACUUGAGAAUGUUAUGGGAUGGAUGACAGAGAGAAAGAGAGAGAAACUUUUUAAAAAAUCCAAGCGCUACUCCUCCCGUUCCACCCUCCCCGGAAGCUUCCGGUUGUUUCUGCUCCUCCUCCUUUUGUUUUGGCUUAAAUGUUCAUCCUGUGAUUUUGCAGUCCUUUCUAUCUGGGAUACUCCAAAGCUUCUUGUUAUUGUUGUUAACACUAACUUAGCUCCAUUUGUAAAGUGAUGAGCCUAACAAAAACACACCAUCGUUGUUGCAGCCUACUCAUACAAAAGUCUCAUCCAUUCUCUUUUGUGCGAGUGUAUCCGAAACUUGAUUUCAGAGGUAACAGUUUAUGUGGUACUCCUUCUCGGAGCAAGAGAAAGAUGCAGCCACUGAAAGAGACAAUCUGCUGCAAACCUGAUUUGACUGCUGCGUUGCAAUGCAAAGUACAGUAACAGCCAUAGACAGAUGAAUGUGGAAAGUCACACUGAUAGUUUUGUCCAGAAGAGAUUCAAGCCAGGACUCGACACUUGCUUUUAUUCCAUUUAUAGACCCAGAAAUGAACUCUUUCCUGCUUGUAGUUCUUGUGAAGUGUUUUAUUGCUUAACUGCGUGUCCCCACAUUACACAAUAACAGAAAGUAGGCCAAGGUGAGCGGUUUGUUUCCUAUUUGCAUGGCCAACCUUGUCAGUAGUUUUCUGCCUAACAGCGCCACUUGUGCAUCCACGCUUUCUUCAUCUAACGACGACUGUACAUUUUGCUCUCGUCGGCAGGUUUAUGGGCAUUUACUGCCCCCCGAUCCAAUAAUAAUACACUAAUGCUUUUGCAAAGCCACGAUGCUCACCAGUGCCAAACACAACUUUGAACUGUUAACAUUAUGUAGCACUGAGAACUCUAACACGCAUUUGUCACAGAAAAGGCGUCAAUCUAUCCUUGGAGGUUUUUUUGGGGGAGGGGGUUGUUAAGAUGAUUUAUAGAGGCGUUUUUUCAUCUAUUAGGACGAAUUGUGAGUGAUUUCUGCACAAACGUAGAUAUGAAAAAGUCGAAUGAUAUUGUGCAAAAAUAUGAUUUGGGUUACAGAUUUACAGAGUGAAAAUGCAGAAAAGGUGCAAGUGUUUGCAAGAAGAAAUGCAUGCCUGUCAAUUUUGCUGAUGCCAAUAAAAGAUGUUAACAAUGCAA